UUGGAUCCAGCAUGUUUGCUUUAGUGCUGCUUCACCAGUGGACUCUGGCCGUGUUUUUGCUCAGCUUCCCAGUGACUUUCGAAGGGAGAACAGCUGAUGUGCUCAUUAACAGAACGAGAAGGUCAGUGAGCCACGCCCAGCUGUUGCACGACAAGAGCCGCUCCAUCCAGGAGUACAGGCGCCGCACGUGGCUGCAGGAGCUGCUGGAGGAGGUGCACACGGCCGGGGAGCACGCUCCACCUGUGCAGAGCCGGACCCAGAGCCAAGUGUUCAGUGGGAGCAGCCUACAGCAGAAGCCCCAGGGGGCCAGCAAGGAUCUCCUAGAGAGGGUGAACCUGGACGGGGCGGUUCCCCACCUCACCCAGGAGACCAACAAAGCCGCGGCCUAUAAGGAGCACGACCUUAAAGUUGCCACCAAGAGGAAAAAAAAGGUCCGGUUAGGGCGACGCAGAGAGAACGAAAAGAAGAGGAGAAGAGCCCGCUCCGCCAUUGGGAAGGGGCCGUGAAGAGACAAAGGACCCCAUCUAUUUAAUGGUGCUGCACUAAGACACUGACACAGACUGACCCCUGACAGACUGUUUCUGGAGUCAGGGUUGUGCUUAUAUGAUAAACUGUUUGUACUUUGCAUACUUCCUGGAGUUUCAACAUGAAAUCUUAGGUUCAUAUUUAUUAGGAAGAUCGUCCCACCUCUGUAACUUGGUCGUCCCUGGGACGUCUUUUUUUGUAUACAUUAUAAUCUAUAACCAAACGUGUACACAGGCCGAGCAGACGAGGAAAUACUUAUUUUCCUUUCGCGUGAGAACCUAAAAGGAACAAAAAGUCUGACAAACUGCUCAGGUCAUACGGUCACGGUAAAAAGAAAGUACACCCUCUUCCAAUGUCGUAAAGUAACGCUCUGAGCUUAAUAGGCUGUUAAAAGUACUUCUCUCCAGCCUCAGGUGCAUAAAAACCCUCAACAGAUUUCAGCAUGUCAUUAAUCAUUAAACAAAGGUGAAGUCAAUAUGGCUGAAAGUCAUUACAGCCUGUGACUCAAUAAUUUGCUGAGCCACCAUUAGCUGGACGGAGUCACGCACAUCAGUGUGGAUCGCUUUUCUCCCUUCUGUGCAGCGUUGUUUCGUUGUUUCAAUGUGAUUCUAGAUUUGUUCAACGUCAGUCAUAUGGCUUCAGAACAGCCUCAUGAAAACAUUUAGACCAGCUCAUGCUUGACUCAAAGGUGAGUCCGGGUCCUCUGGUUGCCAAGCAAGCCCAGAUCAUCAGUCCUCCACCGCCGUGUCUGGAAGUGGGGCUGAUGCGUUGAGGCGAUGGUUUUGUCUCUCACCAGACCUGGUCAAGUCAAGUUUUAAGUCUCGAGGUUCACACAGAUGCGUCAUUGCAAACCUUGAGAGCGUUUUGUGACGUAAGAGCGCUCUUCCGGCAAACCUCAUUAACAAGCUCACACUUCUAUGUCCUUUUCUGCUUGUACUGUCAUAAACUUCUACAUUUGCAGGCGUGUAGUGUAUGAGAUGCAUCUUUAUGGAUUCUUUGCCAUUUAUUUGAGCAUUGCACAUUGGCGGGAGGUCCUCUCCUGGGAAGAUUGUCAACUGUCUUAAAUAUUGUUCACUGAGAAAUAAACAACUCAACGUA